CGUGCCUCCUGCGCGCGGCUGUGCGGCCCGCCCGCAAAGUGCUUCCCCUGAGGCACCCUCGUUCGCCAUCACCCGCGGCAGCCGAGCGGCAGACUCACCCCGACUGGCGCUUGAUCAGCUCGCGCUGGGCACCGCUGCCGCUGCUGCUCGAGUCGAGCUGGCGGGCAUAGAGCGCCGCGAAGCCGCCGGGCGGGUGGUGCGAGCGCGGCUGGGAGAAGACGGGGCCGGGCGGAGACGCGAGACGCAUGGCGGGCGAGGAGGGUAUAGGGUGGAGGGCAAGAGGGCUGGGUCUGAGGUGCAAAGGUGGAAGCUGGUGCGGUGGUGAGCGACGCCGAGGUGUGAAGGAGGUGGGUGCAGCAGGCUGGAAGGAAGGAAGCGAGCGCCGGCUCAAGGGUGCUUUGACGUCUCGAGAGCGGCAACGGCGAGGCAGCGUCUUGCGCUGCAACGGCGGCGCAGCAGGCCGGGCUUCCUCUGUCCGGCAGCGGGCAACAGGCAGCCGCCGCAGCCGCAGCACCUCAGCAGCGCCCCUCUGUGGCUGUCCCUGGCCCAGACGCCCGAUCGCGAGCAGGUGCGGUGAUUUGAGCGCCUGCUCCGCCCAACGCGGCCCAUCACACGCGGAUUUGGGUGCGUGCUUGCGCCGCCCAUCACUCCACAUGCAGCGUGCAGCUCGCAGCCCUCCAGCAGCGAGGCGCAGCAUCAGCACCCCCUUUCGCGUAGAUUCGCAGACUGCAGCUCGGCCGAGCGAGAAUCAUCCGAGGCCGUGCCUCCUGCCUCGUGAGCUGCGCUGCGCUGCGCCGCCUUCCUUUCUUGCUCGCGGGCCCGGCCGGGGCGCAGCGUGCAGCCGCGUCAGCGGCGUGGGCGGUGCAGCGUUCGCUGCGCCGGGCUCGUGCGGCGCAGGGGCAGAUGGAGCGCCUCAUCAGCACGCCGCACGCUCCGUCCGAGGGUGCCUCUCGUCGGCCGAGGGUGCGUCACAAAGGCGGCCGGAGCGCGGCAAAGCAAGGCCGCAAAGGCGCCGAGAGGCUGUGCUGCGGCGUGUGCAGGUGCGUCUGCUGCGGUGCUGCUGCGCCACACCCUUCUUCUGUCCCCGCUCUCCUCAGCAGGCUCAUCUCUGAGGCUGGACCGCGGCGUGAGCAGCGAAGAGGCUCCUACAAGCUGGCGUCGCUAUGAUGCACACAAAGGAUGACGCUGGCGCGGGCGUCACGAUGCCAAGCAGGGGCUGCCGAGCAGACCAACACCUCAACACCGAAAAAGGGACAAG